ACCCGGGGAGAAAGGAAGGUGGCAGACGUGCAGCGGUGCGCAUGCGCGGGCACUUCUCUCGGGUGAAGGGUUGAGAGCCGGACCGGGCGGCCAGCUGGGCUGAGAGCGGAGUAGGGUCAGGAUGGACGAGGACGUGCUGACCACCCUGAAGAUCCUCAUCAUCGGCGAGAGCGGCGUGGGCAAGUCCAGCCUGCUCUUGAGGUUCACAGAUGAUACUUUUGAUCCAGAACUUGCAGCAACGAUAGGUGUUGACUUUAAGGUGAAAACAAUUUCAGUGGAUGGAAAUAAGGCCAAACUUGCAAUUUGGGAUACUGCUGGUCAAGAGAGGUUCAGAACAUUAACUCCCAGCUAUUACAGAGGUGCACAAGGUGUUAUAUUAGUUUAUGAUGUCACAAGAAGAGACACCUUUGUUAAAUUGGAUAAUUGGUUGAAUGAAUUGGAAACUUACUGCACGAGAAAUGACAUAGUAAACAUGCUAGUUGGAAAUAAAAUUGAUAAGGAAAAUCGUGAAGUCGAUAGAAAUGAAGGCCUAAAAUUUGCCCGAAAGCAUUCCAUGUUAUUUAUAGAGGCAAGUGCAAAAACCUGUGAUGGUGUACAGUGUGCCUUUGAGGAACUUGUUGAAAAGAUCAUUCAGACGCCUGGACUGUGGGAAAGUGAGAACCAGAAUAAAGGAGUCAAACUGAUACACAGGGAAGAAGGCCCUGGAGGCGGAGCCUGUGGUGGUUACUGUUCUAUGUUAUAAACUCUGGGAAACUCCCAUCUCUUGCAUAUUUGAUCAGAUAGUGACAUCUUUCUGUAUAUAAACUCUUUAACUGCUAUUUUAGGGACCUUGCAGUUUGCACAUAUUUGUUUUGUAUCAUGGCAGUAAAUAUUUGCAAGAAAUCCCACUCAUCGGCUUUCCCAGGUAAAAUGUUAUGGUAAGCAUGCACAGUUUGCAGUCUACAGUUUUUUAUGUAACAUAAAAUAGGUGUACUUUUAUAAGUACAUUUGAUUUUAUGAUUUACAUUUAUCAUGUGAUAAAAAAAAUCCACCUAUUUAGUAUAUGUUGAUACAAGGUCUACUUUUGGUCUCCUCUUUGCAUAAAUACUCCUCUAUCAAUUACUGAAUUAAUUGGUGUGUAGAACUCCUAGAACUACUAGGAGAUAUUCAGGUAUCAUCAAACCUGGCAAAUUUCCUUUCAGGAAUAACAAAGAGCAUGAUUCCACAGCUUUUGUAGGAUGUUUGCAGACAGAUUCUCUUUUAGUACUAAGCAAAAUUCUCUUUAGAGGAUGCAAUCCAGGCCAAUUUAUAAUUAAAUCUCUGUUUGUUCUGAUGAUGCUUCUGAAAUAGCAUUGAUAUGUUAAGAAGUUUGGUCUUACUUUUACAUUUUCUUCAAUGAGUAGCUCAGUUGCUUAACUGGAGUUUUAAUUCUGUGAUAUGUACAUUGGAUUCUGACUCUUUGUGCAUCAUUUUUAGUUAUGUGGUGUUUGGCAAAAUGGCAAUAAGGUUUUCCCCCAUUUUGGUUUCAGAAGGAUGAGGAUAGUGUGUUUAUGUAACUCAUGUAGUACUUAACCACUUUUAAAACCAACACCUUUUUCCAUAAAUGUUGAUGGUGUUUGUCCAGGUACCUCAAUUGUAGCUCGUGUAAUGUUUAUGAACAUCUGUAUCUUACGACUCCCCUAAAUGGCUAGUUGAUUCAAAAACCUAUUUCUGUGUGUUGAGGGUUGGGAAAAAAAAAAAACACUAAAUGACCAUUUGAGAAAGACAUAUUGCUUCCAGAUUUUGAUGUGUGUGGGAAAAUACUGUUGCAAUGAAAAUCUUGGUAAUUUACUGUAACAAGUAGCCAAUAGUUUAUCAAAACCAACUUGUCCAGACUAAUAAAUCUUUUCCACAGUA